GAGCGAGCGGCCCCGCGGCACCGGCGCCGGGCGGCACCAGGACCGGCCACAGGAGCGGACCCGGUCCCGCUGCCGCCGCGCAGCCACGGCCGCUGUCCCGGGCAGCGCUGAGCGGGGACACCGGGCCCGGCCCCGGGAUGGGGCCCGGCGGCCCCGGGAGCGGCUGGCCCCUGGCUGGGACCCUGCUGGUGGCCGUGGCCGCCUCGAUGGUGGCCGGGGGCGAAGACUGCCUGUGGUACGUGGACAGAAACGGGUCAUGGCACCCUGGCUUUGACUGCGAGUUCUUCACCUUCUGCUGCGGCACGUGCCACCAGCGGUACUGCUGCCGAGACCCUCUGCGCCUGCUCACCGAGCGCCAGCAGCGCCACUGCCUUGCCUUCAGCCCCAAGACCAUCGCGGGCAUCGCCUCAGCCGUGGUGCUUUUCAUCGCCAUCGUCACCACCAUUGUCUGCUGCUUCAUGUGCUCCUGCUGCUACCUGUACCAGCGCCGGCAGCACCCCCGCACCCCCCUGCAAGGCCCGGAAAUCCCCCUGUCCAGCUACCCCCCUGCAGCUUUGCCAGCUCCUGUCCCUGUGGACUCCAAAGCCGGCCCUUCGCCUCCCCAGCCUGGCUUCACCCCCAUGGCCACGUACCCCCCGCCCGGCCCCGCCGCCCAGUACCCCACGUACCCCUCCGGCCCCCCUGUCUACUACCCCACAGCACCACCACCCUAUGUCCCGGCACAGCCCAGCUACCCUGGAGCAUAAGCCCCCAUGGGGACCCUUGAACCUGCCACCAGCCAGCGGGACCAGGCCGGGGAUCCCGGUAGCCCCCCUGGCGCUGGGGGGCUGCCUCAGCCAGCGUUGGAUCCAGCUCUUCCCGGCCAUCCUGGGGUGAUCCAGUGCAAGCAGAACAGGGCAGCCCUUGUGCUGCACACUGAGCCCUUUGUGGGUGCCUACUCCCCCGGCUCUGGGUGCCAGCGGCUCUGAGCACUUGUGGGGGGUCCACAGAGAGAGGGGGGGGUUCCCCCAAAGGCUGUGCACCUCUGUCUCCUUGCACACCCACCCCACAUUCAUCCCUGGCUCUUCUUUCCCCUGGGGUUGGCAUUAAACUACGU